GGUUAUGUCUCCCAGCCUGGGCGUGAUGACAGCUCAGAGACUCCCGGCUCUGAGGGAAAACCAGCCCCACAGCCGCCUCUAGAGGAUACUUUUUAGGGCCGUAAAACCGAGUCCCACAGGGAGCGGGGUAUCCUUCAAGACACCAGGUUUGGGGGCUUCUCUCGGACUAAGGAAGCGCUUUCUACAACAACAGGGUCAAGGGUCCCGGAGGUAACUCGGGCGGAAGCUCCUUAGUUCUUUAAAAGCCGGACCUGGAAGGAAACGUCCCUUAUAAAGGCAGAGCUAGCCAGGGAACUAAGCUUGGGGGCUUCGUAGGGCGCUAAGGAAAAGUCCCUUCCAAGGCAGAGCUAGAGAUUCCCAAAGAGACUGAGGCAGAGAUUUCUCGGAGUACCGUAGCCCAGUCCCAGAGAGUUAAGGCCAGGGAUCUCUCAACAAACCAAACUCUGAGGACUUCGCAGGGUGCUGAGAAAAAGCCGUUCUCAAUGGCGGAACCAAAGACGGAGACUGGGGCAGAGACUUCUCAGGACGUGGAAGCUGAGAAGAAAUUAGAGCCAGAGAUUCCAGAGGCAACUAAGGCUGGGCAUGUCAUAAAACCUUCAUUUUGUAGGGAAAUGAAAGUAGAGUCCAAAAUAUACCGGUAUUCCAUUGAAAGCAGCGAGGGUGAGGCAGACGCCAAGCUUCCGGAAUCCGCCACAGAUGAGGAGCUACAGUUGUCCUCCUCAGACAGUGCAGUAGAAACAUCUAAACGACUCUUAAGCAUUCAGAAGUUUAUUAGGACCAGAACCAGGUCCUUUAAAACUCAGUCCUUAUCUGAGAUUAAGAAAGAAAGUCUUGAUGCAAAGAAAUUGAAAAGAGGUAGUAAGGAAAUCAAGAAAAAAGAGGUAGCUGUGAUUCAACCCAGUCCAGAACCCAAGAUCCAAAAAGAAUCAAUAGAGACAAUUGAUAGCACUAUUGAGACAGAACCUUUUUACUUCAAAUGGACCCCAGAAGAUGUUGCAGAGUGGAUUAGCCAACUAGGGUUUCCCCAGUACAAGGAAUGUUUUACAACAAAUUUCAUCAAUGGCCGAAAACUCAUCUAUGUUAAUUGUUCAAACCUUCCUCAGAUGGGGAUAACAGAUUUUGAGGACAUGAAGGUGAUUUCACGUCAUACACGGGAACUACUUGGAAUUGAAGAACCAUUAUUCAGUCGCAGUAUUUCCCUUCCCUACAGAGACAUCAUGGGCUUAUUUUUGGAACGAAAAGCUCGUACUGGGAAAAAAGCUGAUGCUUUGACCCUAUCUCAGUUUGUCGAAGAUGCAAAGUUAGAGAACUAUGUUCCUGAUGAAAAGAAAGUUGAUCCCCAACCACCACAAGAAAAAAGGCAUUCACUUAGUUUAAAAGAUCAAAUUAAACUAAUAUAGAAGUGGAUUUCUGCCCUCGCCCCCAAACAAGGACUCAAGAGUCAAAACUACUGGUUCUUUUCCUAGUUCUACUACUGAAUUCAUUACAUCUGCUGUGUGAUACUUUAUUCUUUAUAGUGAAGAUCAUAAUAUAGAAAAUUGAUUUUAUUGCAUCAGGGAAAUUAUGAUGGUUUUUAAUAUACUAUUCAAGUAAUAGAUAGUAUGAACAAAAUGGACUAUAGAAGUACCAAGUGAAUCGAAUUUGUCAUUAUAGAUUUGGGCCUUGAAUUCACCUAAUAUACUAUACUUUGAUGUAGUGUCACUCAAGCAUUUCUUUUUCACUCAAGCAUUUCUUAAAUGGCAAUUAGGUUAAGGCUCACUCAUGCAUAAUUUCUUCACAAAAAGAAAUUUUAAAUCAAAUAUUGCUAUGAAAGCUGAAUUUAGGACACCAAUAUAGCUUCAAAAACUUUUGCUGUUCUUUAUUUUACUUUUAAAAUCUUAAAACUUUUCUGGUCUAUACUAAAUCAGAAGAGUCUGUGACAUGUUGUUUCCUCCAACUAUUAGAAAAGAAUUCAUUUCUCAAAUUGUAAUUCAAGCCAAACAUCACAUUUGGAGGAAAAAAUUUUCUCCCAUGCUAAAUCAAGAUUUAGUCUAAAAAUGCUCUAAUAUAACACCAUUGAGCUUGGCUGGCUCACAAUCAUGCAAAAGCCAAAAUGUAAAAGAUUAAUACCAUGGAAAAUUACAUUUACACUGAGUAAUUUUCAGUCUGAGUUCUCUAGACUGUAUAGCGUCAUCUUCUGUGACAACCUUGACAUCAUAAUACUACUGUUGUAUUUUAUUGGAGAAAAAAAGGAAUUAUAAAACAUUUAGAAAGUAAAUGUAUUUAGAUUUAUUGCAUUUAUUUAAAAAUAAUUUAUAUUUUGCAAGAUGACUUCAUUUAAAAUAAAUAUAAGCUAUUUAACAAGAAUAGCUCAUUGAAACAAUUUUUCACAAAAAAACUUAUGUAAUUGAAAUAAACAUAUGAAGGGAAUCAAAACUUGG